AUGAAAUAUACGAUCGUUGGUUACGAUUUAGGCGGAAGUGAUCGCCCGAAUCGUGUGAUUCUACACGCCUGUAUCAAUACAUCGCCAGAGGUCACCAAAGAGAUCAGAAAGCGCAAGGACUAUGCAUUCGAUUUCGACAGUCUCGAGCUUGCCAAACAAUUUAGCGGCGCCAUCCAGGAUGGUGACGGUCUGUUCCACGAGUUUAUCAAUGGAUUGCUGGCACGUGACGACUGGAUGGACGCCAGAAAUAUUAGAUUAUGUCUUAUACCGGCGGGAACUGGAAACGGAAUUGCCUGCUCACUGGGUUUGGGCCGACUCGAUGUCGUCGGCGCUUGCCUGUGUCCGUGGACACUCGCGACCACUCGAUGUUUCUAUUGUCGAGCAAGGCGAGCAGAAAUGGUGUUCCAUUCUCUCGUUGACUUGGGGUCUGGUGUCGGACGUCGACAUCGAAUCGGAGCGAUUCCGUUCGCUCGGACCCAUUCGUCUACAGCUUGGCGCAGCGAUCCGUAUUUUAAAUCUACGUAUCUACAAAGCGGAUCGCCACCUUCGUCGUUGGCAUCGUCAGUCACCAGCGGUUCCACUACUCAACAGAACGGUUCAUCAACACCUCCACUUACAUCGACUACACCACCACUAAACACCUCUGGAACUAUCCCGACCCGCGAGAUCGUUGUGCCACUUCCCAAGGUGCCGACCGGCAAUCUCGCCCAAUCCAACCCCGAAGAGUGGAAAACGAUCGAGGGUGAAUUCAUUGGUUUCAUUGCAAGCACAGUCACACAUUUAUCGGCGGAUUUCAUCGCUUCGCCAUCGGCACAUUACUCUGAUGGUUUCAUCGAGAUGAUCGUCAUCAAAUACAAUCCAAAGAUAUCGAAAGCGGCAUUGGUAUCGAUUCUGACCGAUGCCGAAACAGGUAAACAUAUUCACAGUCCUUACAUCGAUCUGUAUAAAGUUAAAGCAAUCGUUUUAGAGCCAGGACAUCAAAAGAACAAAGAAGGAAUUCUUGCUGUCGACGGUGAGAGAAUUUCAUACGGUAAAACUACAAUGGAAUGUAUUAGAGGUUGUAUAAAUUUAGUUUGUAAAGAUCGUUAA